UCGUUACGUACAUAGGGCUCAAGCGUGCCCUGCAAAAGAAGCAUUGCCCCAGAUGUGCUCGUACUUAUGAGUCAGCUGGCGACUGGCCGCCUCAUUGGCCAGUUUGAAAGCAAUGUCCCCAGAUCCCAGACAGUAGAAAACAAACUCAGAAACCAUCAUUUAUUAUCCCACAUGCACCAUGUUCAUCGCAUUGGCGACGGCAGGACCCCACGAGAUGGCUGUCACUGAUGGAUUUCACACCAACAUAUCGAUGAAUCUACCUACGUGAAGAAGCGCUCUACGCUAGACGGCAAUAUGGAUAUCGCCAGCUUUCAAACCCCCUCCAGCGGCGCGCCUACGCCUGCGUCAUUCAUGCCACUGUUCACGGAUGAGAACAGUCGCUGGGCAGCUGUGCGAUCACGCGACAUCAGCGCAGAUGGCACCUUCGUCUACGGCGUUCGAUCAACCAAGAUUUACUGUCGGCCCAUUUGUAAGGCAAGGCUCGCUCGACGCGCCAAUGUGACCUUCUACGACAGCAUCCACGAAGCACGCGACGCUGGCUUCAGGGCGUGCAAGCGAUGCAAGCCGGACGCGGAAGGGUUCAUGCCAGAGGAGACGGCCGUCUACAAGAUCAGAGAGUUUAUGAAUAAGGGCGGCGACGUCAGUGGGACGAGUCGCAUGAGUCUGGGCGACAUGGCGCGGGCAACUGGCUUGAGCAAAUGGCACUUUCACCGCGUGUUCAAGAGGUGUGUAGGCAUGACACCAGUAGAGUACGCCAGGAUGCGAAGAACAGGCACCGCAUCGCUGGACGUCGCCGCGCUGGCCCAUCAACCGCCUGGCCCAGCGGAGAGCGCGGAAUGGCUGCAUCAUCUGGACGCGAAUUACCAGGACCUCGUCGCUCUGUGGACACAUGGACCCGCGACUAUGUGUUCAGCAGCGGUCGACGUGCGCGUCGAUGAAGGCGAGCCUGGCUUGGCGUGGACAGACUUCCUUGCUUGGCCUGACGAGGAUUCCCAAUCGCCUCGAUGAGCGCUAAAUAAUACAUUGGAACCUUGCUUGCUACAUUCAUCUUCUGUAUUUUGGAACCGGCUGUGUUCAGUGCCGGCGGUGUGUCCAGACCCGUGGCGUUUGAGCAGUGUCUCAAGAGGCUACCCCUGUCCCUCUCUCCCCGCGACAUCAACACCAUGCAGGGUCUACCUAGUCUCAAGUGCGGCUACGAUAAAGUUACAGAACACUGCAACAAUCGAUUCCGGCCACGCGGCGGCUGGCUUAAUGGGCCAGGGGAGACGAGACACCAUCUGAACCACAGACGACACACUGUCCACCUUUGCAACGGCCUCAAAUCAUCCCCAUGAUCCGUAUGACGCCCUUAUGGCGCUUCACUCAACCCACGACUGGCCAUCAAGUUUGGUUUGUUUACAACUUUAAUUA